AAAGUGCCUUUGCGUGCCUCGCGACCUCGCCACUUCAUCUUUUGGACCUUUGGACCAAGGAUUUAUCGCCGACCUUGAUACUUAGACUUCUGCUCUUUGAUCUUGCUAUAAAACCUUGUCAUCGAAGACAUUUUUACUACAAGUGGACUCGCCGACUGGACUGCAUUGUCAGCGCAAUGGCAGAAGCACAGCCGAAUGUUCAGGCGAUCCUGGCCGCUCUAGCAGGUAUGAGUUUUGACCAUGUUUUCUUUUUCUUUUUUUUCGAGCGCGGCCUUUUCUGAUAGCCUUAUGAAUCAAAUCUGACCAUGCCUUCGUACUACAGCGGCGCAAACUGGAACUCCCACUCCUUCUCAAGGUCAAACACCAUAUGCCAUGCCGGGUUACCAACAAGGACCACCUCCUAAUGCGUAUGCGACACUGCCACCCACCACUCAGCCUUCACCGUAUACAACUGGGGCGUAUCCUCCCGUACAACAGUCCUCAGCACCCGGAGGCUUUGAUUUAAGUGCCAUUAGACCGAUUACGUCGGGUACUGUCAAUCUUGGUGACGCGAUUGCCAAAGCUAAAAAUUAUGCAACUGAACAGGGCUUGACCCCUUAUGAACGACCGGCUACUGGUGCUUAUCAGGGACAUGAUGUUCGUACUGUGGAUGCCAGACACUAUAGAUCGAGAUCUCGUUCUCCGCCUACGCGUCGUGACAAUUUUCGUGAUAACGUCAACCCAUACCGGGAUGAACGACGUAAUGAUCGUGGUGGUGCUCCUACUCGUGAUUACGGUCGCGGUCGUGAUCGUUCUCUAUCGCCCGGCCCUAGUCGUGGUCGCGUAUCUAGCGGCGGUCUGUUCUCGCCCAGAGAUGAUGAUGAUUCAGAAGUAAUCAGCAUCGAGUCGAGCCUAGUGGGCCUCAUCAUCGGAAGACAAGGAGAGAACCUCCGUCGAGUUGAGUCGGAAACAUCAUGCAGAGUGCAAUUUUUGUCGCCCACUGGUGAACCUGGCCCGUACCGUCAGUGUAAGAUCACCGGUCCUCGUGCUAAACGUGCGGAAGCCAAGGCGUCAAUCAAUAGAAUCAUUGAAGAUAGUGGCAUGGGUGCCCUUGCAAGAGCCGGUCUUGAUAAGCCUCAACAUGCUCGUCGCGAUAACACUACCCCUGGCCCUGCUACAUUGAGAGAUGGUGAAGACUGCAUGCAGAUUAUGGUCCCAGACCGCACGGUUGGACUCAUUAUCGGCCGUGGUGGUGAGACUAUUAGGGAUUUGCAAGAGCGAAGUGGCUGUCACAUUAACAUUGUCGGCGAGGACCAGAGUGUAGAUGGCCUGCGCCCUGUGAACCUCAUUGGCCCCCCUAAUGCUGCUAGCCAAGCCAAGGAACUGAUUCUCGAGAUUGUUGCAAGUGAUAGCCGCAAUGUCAACAACAAUAACACCAGCAACACCAGCAAUGAUGUUAAUAAGGGACGCCCCCAGAGAACUGACCAAGUUCGUGAUAACAGUCAAGGUGCUGGUGACAAGAUCAAUGAUUCUAUCUUCGUACCUGGUGAUGCUGUUGGUAUGAUCAUAGGCAGGGGUGGCGAGACUAUUCGAGAGAUGCAGAACACCACCGGAUGUAAGAUUAACGUUACCGCAUCUGUUCCUGGUCAAUCAGAGCGUGAGAUCGGCCUAAUUGGAUCUCACGACGCCAUCAACCGAGCCAAGCGUGCUAUUGAAGACAAAGUUGACGCAGUACGCCAGAAGAAUAACGGUGGCAACCAAAGUCGCCCUCCUCGCAACCAACACCGCCGAGAUUGGGAUAAUCCUAACCCUAGUCCCAAUCCCAACCCCAACUACGGUCAGCAGCAACAGAGCAACCAGGCGGCUGAGCCUGCAGGUGCCAACCCCGCCAGCGACCCAUAUGCUGCUUACGGUGGAUACCAGCAAUACCUGGCGCUCUGGUACCAAGCUUAUGCCCAACAACAACCUGGUAGCCAGCCCCAGGGUGAAGCCCCUCCUCCCCCAGGGGCCUAAACGCCGAUUUUCUUCUCGCUCUCUUAUUGCGAAGAUUUUUAUUUUGAUCAGAUCGGCCUAUCACGU